CCGAGGGGGACGUCGUGCCUUCUUUCCUUCUCAUCAGUCCUCGACCAUUGCAGCGACAUCACUCAUAGCACCUAAGCUUCACUCCGAGCAAAGCUUGUGCUGCUACUACGCGGAGCUCUUCUACUCGCCGCGCACCUUUGUCUCGCACCUCGCGCCCUCCUCCUCCUGCUUUGGCUUCGAGCACUCCCUUCCGUCUGCAAGUCCUCACAAGGCUGCAGUUGCUGCAUCACACUCGUACCGCAUCUUCACCGCCGUCCGCACCACGCAACCUGCUUGCAUAGCCACGAAGAGCUCCUCCCAUCCGAUCGUCUGCGAAGCAAGUAGACCCGGCACUCCUUUCCACCACCUCCCCAUCUCCAUCCCUCCUCGCCCAUGAACCACAACACCUACAACACACAGACCUCCCUCGACUCUGCGCCUCCAGGGCAGGGCAGUGUAGUCGGAGGUAUGUCCUCCAUGGCCGGCGCACCGGGCAGCUCGCGGCCACAGAUCGAUGCAAAGAAGAAGCUGGUGGUGGUGGGAGAUGGUGGAAGUGGGAAGACUUGUCUGCUCAUCGUCUACUCGGAGAACCGUUUCCCUUCAACCUACAUCCCCACCGUCUUUGAAAACUAUGUCCCCAUUGUGCGCUUCGAGAACAAGACCAUCGAGCUCGCCCUCUGGGAUACUGCUGGACAGGAAGAAUAUGAUCGCUUGAGACCUCUCAGCUACCCAGAAAGCGACGUGAUCCUCAUUUGCUUUGCAGUGGAUUUCCCCACUAGCUUGGCCAACGUGCAGGACAAGUGGUACCCAGAGAUCAAUCACUUCUGCGAAGGAGUUCCCAUCCUCCUCGUCGGCCUCAAGACCGAUCUGCGGCAAGAUCCUCAUACCCUCCAAAUGCUCGCAGCUCAAGGCUCCCGUCCCGUCACACCCGAGCAAGGCUCCACUGUCGCACGCGAAAUCGGUGCAGCGCGCUACAUUGAGUGUUCAGCCAAGAAUCGCGUGGGAGUACAAGAGGUCUUCGAAGCGGCUUUGAAGGAGGCUUGUAGAAGUAGGGGUUGGGGUAGGGGGAGGAUAGCGGGAGGUGGGAGUGGGGGAGGGGGUGGAGGAGGAGCAGGGAGGAGGAGGAAUAAGAACUGCUUGGUGCUUUGAGAGGAGCGGUACAGAGUAGAGCAGAGUAGAGCAGCACCUCAUACCAUACCUAGCGCUUGCAGCGGUCAGCCAGCAAGCCCAUUCGCCAGCCACUCCCCUUCGGCGUUCGGCGGGCGGGAAGGCAGACGGGCAUUGAGUCCCCAGAGCCCCAGAGCCAGGGCAGUAUUGUUCUUCGUUUGCCAAUCACAGACUUUCAUUCAGCCAUCAGAUGGAAGCUUUCCGCC